AGAAACUCCUCUCCACAGUCAGCAGCGCUUCAGACGCACUCACUCCCGCUUUCCCACUCGACAGCUUUGCAACAUGUCAUUCUGCGGCUCCGACUUUCGCUUGUAACUUAUUUUGGCUUCCCUACCACGCUGGACUAAGCCCCCUAACUUAAGUUGACCGGCUGAAGAAGGAUUGUUUUUUUACCAUAGCGCAGGUACAAUGAGCGAAUUCUGCUGCAGAUCGACUGAUUAAAGUUUUCUACAGGGUUGCAAUGUUUGCACUGUGACCUGUGGUUCUGGACAGAUACAGCGAAGAAGACACAGACACUUUUGGACCAUGGAUUUCGGCAAUGAUGUGGAUCUGUCCAAUGAAAACAUCACCCCAUUGUGGAGACGCCGUACGGACAAUUGUAAAACAGCCCAGAACUCAAGCAAGCCCAAACCACGGCCCCUCAGUUAUCACAUAAACAGGGUCACGACGACAGACUUCCCAGUGGAGGACAAAAAGCCUUCCUUCACCUUGAGUCAACCUGCUGAGAGACUGGUGGUAGCACCUCCCUGCUGCGACAAGAACAAGGCAGUGUUGAAGCACGUUCUGCACAAACCCACUAAGAAAACAAGAGUUGUUCGAAGCAUCAGCAUCGGGCAUUUCUCCAACGGAUUGUUCUCACUGUCCAAAUUUAGGUCUCAGGAUAACCGAUCUGUUUCACCGGACAAUAGAGUGUGUAAUGGAGAUUGUCACCGAGGGAAACCCAGUAAUCAAGUGACAGUUUGGCCUGAGAAACGCUCAUCGAGUCCAUUCAGUUUGAAAACACAGACAGAUGGGAUAGCAUUUGGGAGCAGUUCACACGAAGUUCUUCCCCUAAAUGGCUGCUCUCCUGUUGUUCCUCAAUGCACUCAAAACAACAACAACCACCAUGAGCUGUCUUCCGUUUCAUCUGCAUCCAGCCCCUCUCCUCCAGCACAGCGUACCCCCACACCCUCCCACAGCUCCACUUCCAGUAUCCCCUCCCUCUUAUCUCUCACAUCGUCAGACCCCCCAACCCCACGCUCCCCAUCACCAGUGGACCGAGGGCAAGCACUCCUCAGACAGUCCUCGUCCACGCCUUCAUCCUCACAGGACACGAGGCAUGCUUCAUCCACUUCCUCCCUCUCCUCCACUUCACCCUCUCCCUCACUUUCUCCAACUAUCCCUCCAAGCCCCUCGAUCGUCCUCAGUACCCACAGCCCUGCGGCCCUGAAGAUGGGCACCCAGCAGCUCAUACCCAAGGGUUUAGCGUCAGACACGCGCCAGAACAAGAUGCCUAACUCCGGGUCGCAAGGCCAAGGUUUGGUAGGGCUUCUUGGUUUGGAUCAUUCAAAACGAGCUUUGAAAUCCCUCAGCAUGGUGGAAACAGGGAGCUACUUUUCUACAGGAGGUGGCCUAGGUGAGGGGACAGAUGGGGAAAGUGAGGGUUCAGGGAGUCUAAGAAGAGGCCUGAGAAGUACUUCCUACAGGAAAGCCGUUGUGAGUGGAGUAGACAUGGAGGUUCCGACGGUAGAUCCAAAGACUCUUCAGUUUACGGAGUCUGCUUUCAAAGGUCUUGAUGGGGUUAAACCAGCUUCAAUGGUAAGCCCAAUAAGUCCUGGAACUGCAAGCCUCACUAGUCCUGGGACAGCCAAGCCUGUGAGCCCCGGGACACCAAAAGUGGCCAGCCCUGGGACACCAAAAGCUACCAGCCCAAGGAUUUUAAAGCCCGCUAGCCCUAUGAUUGAUAUACCUAGCAGCAGUGGAAAAAACAAGAGUCCAGAUAAGAAGAAAGUUUUGACAUCUCAGCCGACGUUUGACAGCGAGGAGGAGGAACUGUACCAGAACUACCAGGAGAAGGCCUUACAUAAUGACUCGGAUGAGGAUGCUGAUUCCAGAGAGCCCAAACCUGAUAACGGCAUUGUGGUGCAGUACAGACCCAUUCGCAUCUCCUGGAGCCAGCUCAGCGUGGUUAAAAAAAGUGGCCUAUCAGAACGGAUGAGCCAGGAGGAUCGCAAGAAACAAGAGGCCAUUUUCGAGGUGAUUUCCUCAGAGCACUCCUAUCUCCACAGCCUGGAGAUCCUGAUCCGUAUGUUUAAGAACUCUGCAGAGUUAAGUGAGGCCAUGACCAAGACUGAACACCACCACCUCUUCUCCAACAUCACCGACGUCUGUGAGGCGAGCAAAAAGUUUUUUAAGGAACUGGAGGAAAAACACCAACAGAACAUAGUGAUCGAUGACAUCAGUGACAUUGUUUGCAGGCAUGCUCAGUCCAACUUUGAUCCCUACGUCACAUACUGCUCCAAUGAAGUGUACCAGCAGAGAACGCUUCAGAGGCUUGUGUCCAAGAAUCCUGCUUUUAAGGAGGUGCUGACCAGGAUAGAGGCCCACCCGGACUGCAGGAACCUCCCAAUGAUCUCCUUCCUCAUCCUGCCCAUGCAGAGGAUCACCCGCCUGCCCCUGCUCAUGGAUACAAUCUGUCAAAAGACACCUAAAGACUCAACACAGUAUGAGGAAUGUAAGAAGGCUUUACAAGCAGUCAGCAAGGUGGUGAGAAAGUGUAAUGAAGGAGCUCGCACCAUGGAGAGAACAGAAAUGAUGUAUACCAUUAACUCUCAGCUGGAGUUCAAGAUCAAGCCUUUCCCACUGGUCUCGUCCUCCAGGUGGAUGGUGAAAAGAGGAGAGCUGAGGGCGUUUGUGGAGGACAAUGGCAUCUUCUUAAAGCGCACGUCCCGACAGCAGGUCUAUUUCUUCCUCUUCAACGACGUCCUCAUCGUCACCAGGAAGAAGAGUGACGAGAGUUACACUGUGAUCGACUACGCCCUGAGGGACCAGAUCUGGGUGGGCUCCUGCCAGUCUGCGGAUCUCAACCUGUCACCGGUCAGAAGCACCACCAGCAUGCUGAGCUCACGGCAAGCGGGCGCCAGCCAUCUUUUCCGUCUGUCUUUCCGAAGCAACUACUCGGGUGAAGAUGUGUCCAUGAUCCUGGGGACAGAAUUGAUGAAUGAGCGUGCUCGAUGGAUCAGCGCUCUGGGUCAGAAUGUCAACAAGGAGAAGAGUCAGGACAGAAAAAAUGCCAUGCAGGUCGAGGUGAUCAGAACUUACACAGCCAAGCAGCCGGACGAGUUGUCCCUGCAGAUAGCUGAUGUGGUUUUGGUGUCGCAGACUGUAGAAGACGGCUGGUACGAAGGCGAGCGACUGCGCGACGGAGAGAGAGGGUGGUUCCUCGCCGAGUGUGCCGAGGCGAUCACAUGCCAGGCCACCAUCGAGCGCAACAUGCAGAGGAUGGACCGCCUGCAGGGGCUGGAGACUAAUGUGUGAACCGGCUGAGAGAGGGUGCUUAGACCACAGAGGGGCUCUUCUGAAAAUCUUUGACACACAAGUGACCUUUUUUUUAAAAAGCAGCCAACCCUAACGAAAUACUGUUAGAUCCAAAGGGAUCUAACAGAGACCAGUACGGCUGCUUUCUGGACCUCAGAUCAGCUUCCACUGUCUGAGUUUGUCAAAGCAAACACAGGGGAAGAAGAGAGACUUUCUUAAUUACCGGUCGGUCUCUGUGUGGGUGGACUGGCUCCACGGUGGGAUCUAUCACAUUCAUUAAUUCCCUUGUUGGUUAGAAAACUUCACACCCACAGAUCCCUGCUGCAUAAGAAGCACCAGUGUGGAAUGUGUACAUUUUUGUUAUCUUUUCAAAUAUAUUAUUUCUUUUGGUGAAAGUGAUGUGCAAUGAAAUAACUGCGACUACAACCCUCCCCCCACCACCACCACUACCAUAGGUGGUAAAGUAGACCAAAUAGUGUCUGCGCCUGAUGUGUGCUGUGUUAAUGAGACUCGGGUCUCGAGCUUUGCCAGUAACAAUGACACGAUGAAGAUGUUGAUUGUGAAAGUGAUAAGGCUGCAGCGUGGGGUUUGGCAACCGAUUCUGCACAGCGUUUGGGUUCAUGUAGAAACUUGUAUCAGUGUUUUUGUAGCAUCUGUUAGUGAUGAAAGUAUUAAAGUGAUGAUUAAAAGACAACAUGAUCUGGUUUUGUUAAGCUGGAAAAAGGAAAAGAAAUGAAUCUGAAGCCCAUGGCACUUACUGUAAAUAGGAUAAGUCAUAAUUAUUUGGAUGAUAUAAAGCCAGCUGGGAGUUAUCGUAUGUCAUCUGUGGGCUAAGUAUCUGUUUUCUUACCUGGCUGUUUGUCACCAGUUAAUGUCAACACCAUGAAUCAAACUCUCCGGGUUCUGCCACAAACGCCAUUUUUCUCUCCAUCCACUCAAUGAUUUGGACAGCUUGAAAUAUUGCACACACUUGAUGCCAGCCAAGGGUGUAUUUCUGAAUAUCUCCCUUAGGAUUUAUAUCUGUGAAGUUCAAGAGGAAAGCUGAAAUGAAUUUUGGUGUGAGCCCACAGUGGGUCUGGAAGAGAUGAGCUGCCCAGCUGUCCAGGGUGGCUGAUCUUUUCAGCCCAGCCUCAGGAAAAAAAAAAGUGGCUUGGUCAGUGUGGCCAUAACGGCCAUCUAUUAAGCCAACGCUGCUCUGGCACCUGCCCAAAGUGUCACAACGGCAACUUUUGAGCGACAUGAAGCGAGGUGUGACAGUAAGCCGGCAGAGCAGCCAGCAGGAAGGACACCAGACAAAGUUCAGCACUUUGCACUCAGGGAAAAAUUAGCUCGGCGCAUGAACUGACCUGGAUUUCAAUCACUUUCUGUAACUAUUGUGAUUCCUCUGUGCACAUGUAAAUAUGUAAAACAAGCCUGAAUUGUAAAAUGUAUGUUUUCCAAAAGACAGAUUUAUAUCGAGAAACUUGCUUUGUAAACCUUAUAUAUUUGAAUCUGCCAUCAUUAAUAAAAAAGCUUUAUCGCUCGAG